ACCUAGUUCAUCUUUUCUUGUUUCGUUGUAUUGUUGUUAAUACAAUCCAACAAAGAGUAAAUAAUUAACCUUUGAAAUUAAUUAUGUUUCAAGUUUUCGGUCACACCAAGUUUCGUUGAUCACAUUUAUUUUGUUUUCGAAGUCCAUGCCAUGUGAUUCUUUUUAUUUACCUUCUUUCAAUAUACUUUUAUUAUAAUAAUGUCCCAUACUCAUGUCAAUAGCCCAUAUUCUACACAAAGUUUUACACCUAGAGAAAUAACAACUCCUAAUAAAGAUUUUCCCGGUACAUCAAAGACUGUAUUCACACAUGUAUCUAACCUACACAGUCUACUAUCAGAUUGGGCUCGAAUAAGAGAAAAAGGUUCAAAGUUCUGUAGGGGCAUUAGUGCAUUAAAAUUAUAUGAAUGUGCAGAUGAUUACUAUCCACACCAGCUGAAGCCUUUGAUAGAGGGCCUUCUUGAAGCGGUCGAUGGUAUGAAACAUAUUGUUGAAGGGGUAAUACUGCUUAAUAAUCAGUUAAAAUCACUUUCAAAGCUGCCUCCCAUUGAUCAACCAGUCAUAUUCACUUGGACAACUAAAGAAAUUUCUGAUAGUGUGGAAAAGAUGUGCCUAUCUCUACAAAAGGAAUGUAAAUUGAAAGAAGUUGUUGCAGAAAAUGUUGCUCACUGCAGAAAUGACAAAUUAUUAGAUGUGUACAUAAGUGCUUGGGAACUUGACACAAACUUUGAAUAUAAUGCUUACUUGUUUGCGGAAGUAGGACUAUCAGGUGUUACUUAAUGUUGUAUUUUUUUUACAAGUUUACAAAAUAAACAUCUUUUUUAUGAUUA